AUGGCUGGGUCAGGUAGAGGAAGAGGACGUGCUGCGUUUACCUUCAACAUUGAGGCUAUUGGCUUUACUAAAGGUGCAGCUCUACCUGAUGUCGUGUGUAAGCCUCCACCACCAUUUCCUAGUACAGACAAUAAGCCAGUGCCUCUGAAAACAGGAGAAGAUGAAGAUUACAUGUUGGCCUUAAAACAAGAUCUUAGAGGAACUAUGAAAAAAAUGCCAUAUUUUUUGGCAGUAGAAGAAGAUCAUGAAGCAAUUGAGAGGUACAGUAAAAAGUACCAGGACAGAGAAAAGGAGCAUGCAGCAUGGACCCCAGAUUGGAGAAGACUCCCAAGAGAGAUGAAGCCAAAGAAGACGACCAAAAAAGCAGGUGCAAAACCAAAAAAGGCAAAAAGCUCUGAGCCUAAAAGUAAUCUGGAUGUGUUGAAAAAAAUUGAGGAGAUUGCCUUGUGACAGGAGUUAGAAAAGAAGGAUGAUGAAGAAGAAAAAUCUGAAGAUGAGAAAGAGAAAGCAAAAGACAAAGAAGGUGAAGAUGAUGAAGAAGCAGAAGAACCAGAGGAAUAUGAUGAAGAGGAACAUGAAGAGGAAAAUGACUACAUUUCUUCAUAUUUUGAAGAUGGAGAUGACUUUGGUGCUGGCAGUGAUGACAAUAUGGAUGAAGCAACAUAUUAG